CGGGACCAGAGAAAUGGCUGAAUUUUCAGGCACCUGGAAAAUGAAGAGCAGCGAGAAUUUUGACGAGUUGCUCAAAGCUUUGGGCGUGAACGCCAUGUUGAGGAAGGUAGCGGGGGCGGCUGCAUCCAAGCCCCACGUGGAGAUAAAACAGAGCGGCGACCACUUCUACAUCAAGACCUCCACCACGGUCCGCACCACGGAGAUCAACUUCACCAUAGGCGAGGAGUUCAGUGAGGAGACGGUGGACGGCCGAAAGUGCAAGAGUUUGGCCACGUGGGAGACCGAACACAAGAUUUACUGCAAACAGACUCUGCUGAGCGGGAACGGUCCAAAAACCUUCUGGAGCCGAGAACUCAAAGGGGAUGAACUCAUCCUGAUCUUUGGAGCAGAUGAUGUGAUCUGCACACGGAUCUACGUAAGAGCACAGUAGACGUCUUCGUGCCUCCAGUCCCAUUUAACACGCCGUUGACGUCUGAACUAUAACAUCCCAGAUAUAGUGCGUUGCAAAAGUAUUCAUGCCCGACCAACCUGUUCACAUUAACAUUACAAAUAUAAAUUCAACAUAUUUUUAUUGUGACAGUGGUUAAUUGGGAAGUUUGGAGUAACAGAAACACAGAAUUAUUAAUUUCAAACAAAUUACUGAAAUGUGCGGCGUGCAUUUGUCUUUCUUUCUUAGAACACCCAGUCGCUGCAGGUCUGAGGUAUUUUAUUUCUAAUCUAGAGACUAUUUUUUCCCCUCAUUCUGCUUCGCAAACAAGCUCAAUCUCAGUCAGAGCUCCUGUAAGCAUCAACGUUCACGUCUGCUGGAGUAAAGCCUCCCCUGUACGACGCUCCCACAUAAUGUGUUCAAAAGGUCACCGUCGUGUUUUUCCUCUACAGAUAACACUGUAGGUGGUCUCCUCUGAACAGAGCACCUUCUUCCACGUCUAUGUAGCCUCUGACACACUAACUUUCCUUCAACAAAGGCUCGCUUCUC